GUAUCGUGUCUUUAGGGAGGGGAGAAGGAAGCGAUCCCUGAGCCAAACGAACUGAAGCCAUCGAUAUCCUGAUGUCCUACGUAUCGAUGCUGCACUGCCAUUUAACGGCUCAUCGCUUAAGGAGACGUCAUUUUACCUUUGGCAAGUGGACUGGCAUCCGUUUCCGGAAAAUCGCCAAAACCAGAAGUGCCGUUCUACGGGAUAAGAGUUGGAGCAUGAAGAAAAUAAAGUUCGUUAGCAAGCGGCAGAAGAAGCGACAGGGUAGCCCCGGGCAGCCCCAUCCUGGUCCAUUUCCUUUAGGGCAAAGCAAGGUGCAUACGCCACCAAGUGCAGCGCAUGCGCAGCAGGCUGGAGUGCCCAGGAAUGGGAGGAAGGAGUACAAGGCUGGGAGCGGCCAGAGGAACCCGACACGCAUGGUUGCCACCACACGGCACUAUCCAAACAAUCCGAAGCAAUUCGUUCCGACAAACAACGAUAAUCGCUUUGCCCGCUUGCAGAGCAGUGGGAGCUACAAUAGCAGCAUCGAUAGCGGAAAUACGAUGACUAGACACGCCAGCAGCAGUGGAACCGGAAGUGGAACCGGAAGUGGAAGUGGAACCGGAAGUGGAAGUGGAAGUGGGAAUAGCUACUACUCCAAGGAUCUGGAGAAGGGCUUUAUACCCAAUUCGAUUUACCACUACCAAAACGCGCACGCCAUCACCUUGGGCAGCUUCAUCGAUGAUCAGUUCUUCAAGCAAAGCAAGCCAAACUCUGGCAAAUCCCAGAAGGCCAAGGAGCAGCCACCGCCAAUGGAGUCGCAGAAGUCAAUGAAUUCAAUGGAGGCUAUGGAGCCCAUGGAGCCAAUGGGUGAGACGGAGCCCUUCUUUGAUGCUCCAAGCGAAUCCCUGGCAGGCCACACAGUUACAGUCGAUGCGCCAUUGACGAUGCCCAUCGAUCUCGAGGAUGGGUAUCCCGAUGUGCCAGUGUAUUACGAGGUACCCAGGGAUUUGAUGAAGCCACCCACACAGAAUGUCGAGGCACUGAAGCAGUUCUGUGGUUGGGCUUCCGCUAACUUGCGACGCAACCCAUUGGGUCUGAAGUUCCUAAACACGGACGACCGUUCUGAUGAUGAGGAUACGUUUGCUAACCAAACGCUAAAGCCCAUUGGCUACGAAAUGCUGAUGUCCAUGAAGCACAGGAACUAUAUGGAACGCCUCUACCGCUACCAGGUGGAGCAGAUAGUGCUUAUGGUGGAGACCACCAAGUAUUUGUGGGAGAAUUAUAGAUACGAUCGCAGGCUUCUGCCAAACAAGACCAUUUGGAGUGUGGAGCGCCAUCAGCUGAAGAAAUUGUUAUGCAAUCGUCGCAACUUUAUGCAGAGAAAGCCAAGAUAUAUGAGAAACAAUGCAUUGCCCCAGCAAAAUUCUACUUAUUCGAUGCCCUCGAACAUGGUCAAUGCAUCUGAUCCGCGGUACUGGAUACCGAAUUGCUGUUCCAUGCAGCUUGGUUGCUUGGGGGGUUCCAUUAGUGAGCCGCCUCCCGUAAGCCAAAUCGAGUCGUGUCCAAACAUGUGUCUAUAUGAGAACUGGUGGGAUAAUGCCAACUACGUGAACUCCUUUGCAAAGAUGGAUCUAUUCGAGGUCAACCUGUCGCCGACGGAGAUCCACGCUGCGCAGAUGUACGCCCUCCACGGCGAGGCGUUCUUCGAGAUGGCCAAUUGCAGGUACUCUAGGGAGGAGUCUAUGGGCUGUCUCGCCCCAUUUAGUCAGCGCCAGCAGCUUCAGCAGCUCCAGCAGCCUUACGUCCAUUCAUCUACUGUCCAACAGUUGGUGGGCAGCGUGCCCAGGUCGCUGCCGAGGCGCCCGGAGCAGCAGGAGAAUCAGCAGACCAUGCGUUACUCAAGAGCUAUAGAGGAAGGACCAUGUGCAGGAGGAUUUGGUGGAGGGGAAGAGGCUGGUGGACGCAAGAAAACCGGCAUAAUGGUGAAAUUGAGUGGGAGUUCGACAAUGACCCUUUUGAGUGUUGGUGCUAGAGGAUCGGAGGGACCGAAAGAUGAUCUCAAAAAAAUCGAAGAUCUCGCCUUUAACAUAACAAACUUCCCACCGCUUCCCGGGCCUUCGAAAAAAUGCAGAACUAAAUAAUCAAAAAUGGAAAAUCUCAGAGGAAUAGGACGAUCUAGAGCAGAAAUAUUUAAAACAUCUUUUUGUGCCUAGACCCUUUAUUUUGUAUCCUUGAAACAUAUCUAUUGUUAACAAAUAAUUGAUUUUCACUAACUUUUCACUCAUUUCAUACUAACACCAAAUAAAACAACUAAUUAUUAA